CCUUAUUGGGCCCAUUUAACUUUUCUCCGACGUCUUCUCGGCUUGUUAAUGUGUCUGUUGGUAAAUAGCGAAUUUGACGUGGUUUCAAUGUGCCGGUUGCCGAUGGAAACCGUAGACAGGAACCCAGCAUUGAAGUAGAAAUCUAAAUCAUUUAAACAAGGCUAUCAGUCUAGACGUUUUGCGUUAGAUUCAGGUUGUGUGUGUAACUUUAAUCUAUCGACAAUUAGGCUACAGUCCAGUUAGAAGGCUGCGUCGGCUGCAGUCAGAUGAUCCACUACGAGACUACAAUCGGGCUUGGUUGCGGGUACUGUGCACGUCUCGCGUAGAGCAUGGACGGAAAUUAUUGGCUAUAAUAUAGGACCCAUGAUUCAUUCGAACCUAGCGAGCUAAUUUGACAAGCAUUUUCAGCUAGCAUGGCGAAUAUUGACAUGUAUUAAAUUUAUGUUUAACUUGGCACAUUUUUUAUAACCAUAGCGCAUUGAGUCGUUCGCAGUUAUAUCAUAACCUCAUGUGGUGCUCUGGCAGGAUUACAUCAUUGGUACAGUGAAACAAAGACCGGCAGGUGGCGGGAUUGAGUCGUUUCAUUUUACCGUCCAAAGGAACUCUGUUUAUGCAAGGCAAACCCGUUCCUAGAUGUGUUCUAAGACGAAAUCAACAGUACAAAACCAAUGAGCGUGUAUGAUGAAAUCAACUGGGAAAAAAACAAAUAUAUGUUUUAAGCAAUUGAUCUUGUCAUCAUGACUAUGAACUUUUAAACUAACAUCACCAGUCUGAGGUAAAAAAAAAAAAAAGUGUAAUUCCCCUCAAUUGUAUGUAGUCCAAAACUUCUGCAUGUGUAAUGUAGUAACACAUAUUGUCCACAUUAUGGAAAGUAGCAUAAUAAUCAUGAAUUUAGAAUUAUUUUGCCAUAUCUAUCUUAAUUUAGGAUGAUAGUAAAUUAAGCAAACUCCCAAGGUUUUUUCAAUUAUCACAUUUUCUCUAGUUUAAACAGUUUGUUACCUUCUUUAUGAAACACAAUUUUCCACUGCCAUGCUAUGGUGGCUAAUGCUAAUUUCUGACAUUGAGUACAGCAUUCAGACAAAGGGUAAACAGGCUACUGCAACCUGAUUGGCUGUACAUGAUACACAACAUCCAAAACUAGCAUUAGCCACUAGGAUGGUGGUGGAAAAUGGUGUUUCAUAAAGAAUGCAUAUUUCACCUUUUUUUUCGCCUUCUCUCCAUUAAAAUAGAGUUAAGGAGGAAAACGUUGCCUUUCCAGCCUGAAUAUUUUAUGUUUCGAACCGGUCCAUGGGGGAUACGAGUGUAUAGCGGGCUUCGUACAGUACCUUUAGACGUUAAGAUGAAAUGACCCAACAUCGGCAUCUGCCGGCCUUUGGGCUACCCCAGGCCUAUCAUACUAGGCGUAGAAAAAAGGCUGUGGGCUGAGAAAAAGUUUACUGUAAAGUUGACUUGUUUGGUAAUGACUGCUUUCUUGAACAAUAUUUUAUAGACAAUCGUCUGCCAAGUGAAUUUUUUAUUUAACCAUGAAAAGACUCUUUAGUUGAAACAUUUACAGGAGAGGUGCAGUUUGAGCUAUUAGUUGUCCCAUUUCAGACAAGUAAGCCUUCGCCCCCAGCAUGAUCUACCUAGACAAAAUAUGUAGCUGUAACAACUGCAAAUGUAUGCACGCUUUGAUCACUGACAUGUCAUUCACGGACAAGUACAGACUGACACAUGUACAGAAAGGCAGGCAGACAGAGACGACAAUAAAAGCAUACAGUAGCCAUGGACCUGCAAAAUAAAGAUAUCCUUCCCAGAGAGAUUCUGCCAGUUGUUGUCAUCGGUAAUGGCCCCUCGGGCAUCUGCCUGUCAUAUCUGUUGUCAGGUUACACCCCCUACCUGUCUCCAGAGGGCACUCACCCUAACCCCCUACUGCAAGGCAAGCUGGAUCAACAGUCUCAUUUGUCAUUGUUGGAGCUGGACCUGGAGUACCUGUGUGAGGGACUAGAGGGCCGCUCCUCCAACCCCGUGGCUGUGCUGUUUGACUCCCUGCUCCUGCCCGACAGUGACUUUGGGCUGGAUCAUGCCUCACCCCUGCUUUGGCGCUACGAACCGGAGCGGGCCACCCCACACCUGGUGCUUGGCAAAGGACCUCCAGGAGGAGCCUGGCAUGCGAUGGAAGGCUCCAUGCUCACUCUCAGCCUGGCUAACUGGAUGGAACUGCCCGGCCUGAAGCUUAAGGAGUGGAUGAGAGAAAAGCGCAGGAACGUCCGUAAUGACAGGGCCACCCCCGCUGAGAUUGCCUCCUACUACCAGCACUAUGUCAACCAGAUGGGCCUGGAGGACAGCUUCGCCUGCGGCACCACCGUCACCUCCAUACAGAGGGUGAACUGCGAGGGGGCCAGCAGCCGUUCCUUUUGGAAAGUCCAGGGGACCCAGAAGAGGGAGGCUGACGAGCUGGGGGAAGGAAGUCUGUCAGAGGUCCCCUUUAUAGUAUGCGCAGACUACGUGGUUCUGGCCACGGGCACCCAUGACAUCCCGGCCCGUCUGGGUGUGGAAGGUGAGGGUCUCCCCUUCGUGUGCCACAGCUUCUGGGAGCUGGAGGCAGCAAUCUCCAGAGGCCAGCUGGACCACACCUCAGACCCGGUACUGGUGGUGGGAGCCGGGCUGACAGCGGCCGACGCUGUCCUGGCAGCUCACCACCUCAACACGCCUGUGUACCACGCCUUCCGGCGCUCUGUCACCGACCCAGGCCUCAUCUUCAACCAGCUUCCCAAGCUCCUCUACCCUGAGUACCACAAGGUGCACCAGAUGAUGACACAGCAGCAGCAGCAUGGCCAAGACAUCCCCAGCUCUGGGGGAACGGGCACCCUGGUGGACCAACAGGAAAACAACACCGCCUCCAUGUCCACUGGCUCCUACCCAGGCUACGUCAGCCUGCCCAAACACCGGGUGGUGGCCUUCAAGCCUGACAGGAAGUGCGUGCUGGAGGGGGAGGACGGAUGUCGCACCGUGCUGCAGGUCUCCAUGGCCCUGGUGCUGAUUGGCGCCCACCCCAACCUGUCCUUCCUCCCUGAGAACGGACGGCCCCUCGGCCUCAACCCCCAGGAGCCAAUCACGUGCCGGCGGAACCCCCUGGAAGUUGACCCAUACACGUACGAGUCGGUGUCAGAGGGGGCGCUGUACGCCAUGGGGCCUCUAGUUGGGGAGAACUUUGUCCGCUUCCUCAAGGGGGGAGCUUUAGCCAUCGCUAGCGACCUCGCCAAGAAGCAGAGGGGCAAGGAGGCCAAGGAGGAGAAUCUCACCACCCUGCGUGUGUCCUAGACUCCUAGAGAUUAAGGGUUGCGAAAGGAGUAAACUGCUCCUAAGGCCUGUAUUAUUAUUAUUCUUAUUAUUAUUAUGUGGGCUGGUCAGCUCAGGCUAAAAGACUGAAGUGCAAUCUGUGACAAUACGACCUGCACCAGUCCCAAUAUUCCUCAAAGGACAUUGCCACUCUCUCUGGCUCCGCUGAGAGAUUAAUUUAAUAUUUUUACCAGGGCAGGAUAUUAGGCCGGGUUGAUGUGUAGCUAAUCAUAUGGUGCAAGGGUAGAAUCCAAUGAGUAUAGAGUACCACAGUAUGAGUCAUAAUACCAAUAGAACAUAGCGGUCAAACAGGCGGUCAAACAGGCGAAUGGUUCCAAUAGUUUUUACACCAUUUUUCCCAUAGGGGAUGAACUAUAAAUUCCAUUAUUAUCUGGAUGAGACUGCUGACUCGAGGCUAAGGUAAGAAUAUCUGUAUGAACUAUGUUAGCUAAAUGUAGUAAGUAAGAAAUUGGCAAAAUGUAUUUUAAUGGACAAUUCUGUGAUCUGACGUGUGUAAUUCUAAAUUGACACAAUACCUCUUAGCAAAGGUGUCAGAGAUUUGUAGUUUUGCAUGAUGUCUGCUUUGAUGUGAAUUAGCAUUUUCAAAUCAGUAAAUAGGACCUAAUAUAUUGAUAAAAGUCACCUUGUCCUAGAGAGAUUUACAUGGUUAUCCAAGCGUCAUGCCAGGGUAAGCCUACACGAAACACAGCACUUAUUUUAAGUGUUUCUAAAAUCCCCAAUGGGAAAAAUGUAUGGUGGAAAAACAGUUGGAGCCAUUUCCUUGUUUGACCACUAGAUUUUAUGGGUAUUAUGACACCUCCACUGUGGGGCGCUAUUUGGUUCCUCAUCAAGUAUGCUAGCCCUAUACUACAUAUGUAGUUUGAGUUAGCAAGGUAACUCUGAGUUCAACUUGGGAUAACCGGUACCAUGAAAGUGGCUCACCUUUUAGCCAGGUAAAUGUUCUAUGGCCACGAAUCCUUCAGAACUAACCUGCUCCAGGGCAGGUUAACUCGGGUCUAACUACAUUUAUCCUGAAUUAAGUGUCUUUAGGACCAAUAAAGUCAGAUUCCCUCACUCUCCCCAAGAUUGCGUCAUCAUCCACUUAAUUUGAGGAAGAUGACUGAUUUUAAAUAUUUAUUCAUCAAUUAUUUUUGUUAAAAAUAGUCAUUUUAAAAUACCUAUCACAUUACACAUUAAGUAAUGACAAAUGCAUUUGAAACUUCAUGCACAGUAAAACCUUUUUUGACUUAAUAAAAUUAUUUCAUUGGUGGGAGUGUGGAAUAAAGGUGCAAGUGCAUUGAUAUCCACAGCAAAGUAAUAAAAUAAAGAUGGCACACAAGUCUAUUUCACACAACAGCCUGUUGAAUUUACUUAACUUUUUGGCACAAAUUAAAAUGGCACUGACUUGCCCAUGGAUUGAUGUUUUUGCAUUGUCUCAAUGAAGAGUGCAUGGUUCAACUAGCCACAAGCGACAUGCAGUUAUAAGCCUGCUAGAGUUCGCGGCAGGCGGAACAGCAAUAUCCACCGUCGUAGUACGGAUGAAGCCUGAGCUGAAAUGGGAAAACCCUGUGUAGCUAUAGGUUGCUUUGUUGUAUACCCCUCUUGUUAGUGUUUGAAAACUCAAACGCCAACGUAACUUCUCAGCUAAAUCUUUGAGAUUAGCUCUUUUGUUGCAUUGGUUUUCCAUUGCAAAUCCAUUUUGAAAGUGUAGAAACACAUUACAUUUACCAUGCCAUGACGUUUGAUGGAUUCUCUGAAAUGAGAAUGGUAUCGUAUCAAUUAAAUUUUUACGGACCUGUAUGUUUGCCUUUCUUCAAAAUCCAAUGAAAAAUGAAGUAUCUUUGUACGAUAAUGAUCCCUAUGUCAGCAACUGUGUCUAUAUUAGCAUCUUUCACAAACAAGAUAAAACUCCGCUUGGCAAGCUUGAGUUUUGUUGUUUCAUUCCUGGGAGUUUUUCAAUCUGUUAGACCUUAUGUAUCUGUUUUUAUUCAAUUUUUUUAAUCAGAAGAUACGUUCAAGGGGCUAUUCUCUUGAUUUAUUUGCAGUAAACACUUAAAGGUAAUAUGUUUGAAUUAAGAAUUACAGUGUCAGUUUAUCACCAUGAUCAUGCUCAAUUUGAGACUAGGCUAAUUAGGAAAUCUAUGUUUAAGGCCCAUAUGCAUUCUCACCAAUCUGGGGUGACUUUCCUAAUAGCUUUGUAGCCAAUGUUGUAUUUUAAUUAUCUUGACAACCUAGACACUGCUCUUAAUUUGUUCACAUACAGACUGACGACUAAAUGUUGUUACUUUCUCACUGAUAUGGGUCUGGGUGGUGGAGACUGUGUACUGUCAGCUAUUAAGCUUCAGGGAAACACACUUAUUUUUAUCAUCCAAAGAGAAUUGUCAUUUUGUGCUAUCGGUUUUCUCUUGUACAUGUUUGUCCAGAUGGUGCCUUGGCCAAUUGCGUACUCUGAGCUUCUGUUACUGCCCCAGCAGCAUUUGAUCUCGAGCCAGUGCCUUAAGACACAUUGCCAUUACCAAACUGGAAAUGUAUAAACUUAUCAUACAACCACUAGGUGGCCACAUCAAAUAUUAUAUUAUUCCACAGGUGUACAAAAAGUGUAUUGAAUGCCUAUAAUGCUCUUGUAAAGUUGUGGGGCCAUGUAUUAAGACAUCCUUUUAAGAGACAAUAUUCAUAUGUCAACCAGAAACAGUUUAAACGUGUCUAAUUGAAUCUAGUUGAGAAACUAGUUACAAAUACAUUCAAAGCAGCGCACUAUUGACAGUCUCUUUAAAGGCAGCUCUAUGAGUGUCAUGAAAAAAUACAACAUAGUUGGUUUCAUAUGGCUCCUUAGCACUUGCUAUACACAAGGCAGUAAGACCAAUGACCCACUGGUCUUUUCCAUGCCAGAUGUUUGUCCCGAUCUUAAAUUUUAAACCGUUACACAAUGUUAAGUACUUCUUAAAAAUAAAUGUAAAAUACACUUUUUUCUUCAUUCA